AUACAACUUCCCUUCGUUCUACUCUGCUGGCAUCACUAUAUUCACUCUCUGAACUGGUUCUGAGACUCUUUCUUUAACAAAGUACUAGGCAGCCUGAUCCAAACAACUGCGAGGGGGUUCAGACGCGCUCGCCACAUAUCCUAUGUGCACCGAUGUCUACGUCUGAAUCACGAUGGGGCCGGUCCACAAAGAAACUGCGAAAAUCGUUUCGCAAAGCAAACAAGGCUGUCAUGCGAUCGUAUCACUUUCGAAUACCGGUGUAUGAUAUGCCAGUCCGACUACGACCUUGGUUCCUCUUGUUUACUUUGUUGAUCAUGGCGUUGCUCGCUUUCUUGGGAUUCACGAACUUCUCCCGUUCUUUACCUCUGAAUGACAAGCUGCUGCAUUUCUUCUGCUUGAUGCUCGCCACCGCCGUGUUCUACUUUAUAUUUGAUAUAGAAGAGGAUGCAAGGAGAAUAUGGUUUUGGCGACAUGCUCCCCUAAUAUUCACUGGCGUUGUAUGCUUCUUUCUCGGAGGGAUUGUCAGCGAAUUUGUACAAUCGAUGCUUCCUUACAAGGAGUUUCAAUUUGGAGAUGUAGUCGCAAACUUGUUGGGGUCUGCAAUAGGGUUGUAUAUCGCGUACAACCUUGAGCGGUAUUACCGAAGUAGAAGAGAGAUAUCGCGUCUAUACCGACCACUGGAUACGGACUAUCUCUCGUCAGAAGACGAAGACGAUUUGGAAUCCGGCGUUCAACUCCUUCCUACGCAUCACGAUAAUCGAGCGGCGACUAACGGACCCAAGUCUCCCGCAAAGUCUUCGCGUUUAGCGGAUGUCUGGGACACAAGGGAAGACCUGUUUGACAUUGGUGAAGAGAGCGAUGAAGAGGAUAGUCUACGACCGGGUCCUGCGGCAUCUGGUCCGCCAAUGCCUAAUCCUAAAAUCUUGGUGACGAGUUCGGAGUGACAUUGCUUGCCCGGCUACCAGAUGUACUCUUGGAUGUUUGACCUAGACUUAUCAUAAUUGUAAUCACAGGGACAUUUCACAAUGUAUAACUACACAUCCAUCCUGGUUUGAGAACUCUAUAUCUUGCCGUCCUCGAUUGACCUCGAUUUCUCACUCGUAGGGAAUGCCGAUGGCGAGGCUGUACAGAUCCGAGCAAUCCAUAUUCAAGUUUCGAAACCAGUACUUGACACUUGAUCCGCAAGUUCAUCGGCAACGGAGUUGUAGUAACGUACCGUACUCAUGCCCCAUGAUUGCUAAUUCGGACACAACCUACUCCCGGCUCUUCUACGGGCGCAGGAACACCCGCUGUAUAACGUCGGCUGGCAUGUGCUCCUGAAUACCCAUGCUUAGAGUGU